AUGUUGGGGAGCGCGUUCGGUUGGAUUUCGCUCCUGUUUGAGCCGUUGGCCUUUCAGGUCCCUCUCAUCCAACCUCAACCAAGACUCAAGGCGGAAAAUAGUAUAGCUAUUCCUGCACAGGGUCCCUGGCAAGAGAUCAUUACCGGUCAUUAUGGCAUCCCGCCCAUAUUGAAAAUUCAUGACCGGAACAGUGUCGUCAAAUGGAGUUGGCAACGAGAGGAUGUUACCCAACCGCUGCCCCCUUUGAUCAAGAGUGGUUUAUACAGCCAUUUCAACGAUGCCACAGAUAUGAAGUGGAUGCGAGGGGGGAGAAGUGUGGCUGCCGUCUACAGUGCCCUGGUCGUCGUCGUCAACCACCACCCCGAUGAACCUUCCACCGAUAAGAAAAUCACCUUCGCCCUCAACAGAGCAAACGAUGUCUUACACAAUGCCCACACCAUCGAGCCGUUACCUGGUGAUCGUCUCGCCGUCGGUACCACCGGGCAACGACCGUGGGAUGGAAUUUUGGUCUACAACAUGAGCGAGGCGCUCCCCCUUGUCGAUGAACCCCCCGUAUUACAAAAGAUCGAAGGUCUCCGUGCCAUCCAUGCCAUGAUCUGGGAUGAACAGGGCCAGAUGCUGUGGGCGACCGGCACCAAUGUCGCCGCCGAUGGUUCCGAUCCCGAACCCGCCUACGGCGUCAUUCAGGGAUACCCCUUCGAUGCCGAGACCGGUCUCCUCCGCAUCGAUGAAGCCUAUCGAUUCCAAUUCCCGGAAUACUACGAUAUCGACGCCGAAUGGGGCCAUGGAUACAGCUGGUGGGCGGGACCCCACGAUCUCGUCCCCGUACCCAACGAACGAGUCUUCCUCGUCUCCAACGAUAUCGGGCUCCACGCCUUUGAUAUCGAUAAGAUGAAUUUCACCGCCUCCUAUGACGAAGUCGUUGAGAAAUAUAUGCCCGGCUUCGAGGUCACCACCAACGAUCGGCACGGGACCAACCGCGCAGGGGAAUACGUGGACUUGCCGCAGUCGGAUCUCAAGGGGUUCAGUCUCGCCCCCGAUGGUAGUUACAUCUACACGCAGUCUCUCUGGACUCUCUUCCGAGGGAAUUAUACUAGUCUCGUGUCCAAUGGGGUGCGGACCAAGGUCAUGGUAGGGGAUGAAAUUUAUCGGUCGCGAUGGUUUGGAGACAUCGAUGGCUGGCCCAAACCAAAGGACUAG